AUGGUUUCUUUAUCCUUCGACCUUUCUAUAACUGAUAUUUUAGAUAUUGUCGUUAGUUUAUUUUUAGUAUGGGUUAUUUUAGAUAUUAUAGGAAUUGGGACUCCCGAAAAAAUUGAAGGCUUAUUUUCCAUACCAGAAACACCAAUAAUUGGAAACUUGCUUGAGAUUUGGAAUCACCCUUCUAAAGUCUUUAUGCACUGGGGAGCGGUUUAUCGUAAAGAUAUGUUUCAAAUAAGAAUAGGUUGCAAACGAAUGAUUGUUGUCAAUUCAUUCGAUGAUAUCAAGCAAUUAUGGGUAAAUCAUGCAGUUGCAAAUAACUCAAGACCAGUCUCUUUUACAUUUCAUGAUAUAGUGUCUGCCUCUCAAGGAUUCACUGUUGGAUCAACACCAGCCGGAGAAACUUAUCAAAGAAAGAAGAAGACCAUUUCUAUGGAACUUAACAGAAGAAAUGUCGAUUUAUUGUCCUCAAUAUUGGACGAGGAGACUAAAUAUACUAUGAAGAAAAUAGUUUGUCAAAAUAUAGAAUUGAAUUGUCUUCCUUCUGAAAAUAUCUAUAACUACAUAAACACUAGGUUUAGUGAUAUCGACUUGCUAAAAUAUGGCCAAUACUUUGCUUUGAGAAGUGCUAUUAGUAUUGCUUAUGGUUGGCAAAUGGAUUGUUUCAAUUCUGAUUCGGAAUUAGCUCAUGAAAUAAUAGAGGUUGAAAGUGAAAUAAUAAAAUUAAGGUCUCCCAUAACAAAUUUGCAGGAUUAUUUUCCUUUCUUAAGGUACAAGCCGCUAAGCUUGUUAUCUAAUGCAAGUAAAGCAAAUUUUUGGCGUAUUCGACGUGAUAAGUACAUGGACUAUCUUUUAGAAAAUUUGCAGCAAAGAAUUCAAAUGAAAAAUCUUUCCGCUUGUCAAAGUUUGAUCGGAAGAUGUCUUCUUCAAAACACUAGUGAAUUAAGCUUUGCAGAGAUUCAAAGUCUCUGCUUAACUUUAGUUAGCGCUGGCCUUGAUAAUACUUCUUUCAACUUUAACCAUUUGAUGGGACAUCUCUCACAUCCAAAUUAUGGAUACUUAAUUCAAGAAACAGCUUUCAAAAAAUUAAUGGAUUGUUAUGAUGAUAAUGCAAUCAAAGCUUGGAAACUUUCAGCAUAUGAAAUGAAAUGUGAUUAUAUCUUGGCUUUAGUAGAAGAGUGUUUUAGAUUUUUCACAGUUUUACCGUUGGCAUUACCCCGAACAACAACUAAGAAAGUAAGGUAUAAAAAUAUUAAUAUUCCUGAAGAUACUAUUCUCUUCAUGAAUGCUUAUGCUGCCAACCAUGAUCCAAGCAGGUUUCCAGAACCUUUUGAAUUCAUUCCUGAGCGUUGGUUAGACAAGAAUACUGGUAAAAUGUUAAGCUCAAAACAAAUUAGCCAUUUAGCAUUUGGUGCCGGGUCAAGAAAAUGCUCGGGACAGCAUUUAGCAGUCAAAGGUUUAUAUACAUUAACAGCUAGAAUGAUUCUUCUUUUCAAAAUCAGAAGACCCAUUGAUAGCUCCAUGCUAAUGGUACUUGAUCCUUUUCAAAAUGAUUCAUGUCCGAACGCUACAUCGUUUGAACCUAAGCCUUUUAAAGUUAGAUUGAAACAGAGACACCAUAGGGACUCUAAUGCCUUAUAUAACAUAUUAACAAAGAGAAACUAG